AUGGACAAUCUCAACAUCCGCACCAAAGACGAUACCAAUGCCUCGGGCAAUAUUCAGCUGACAGAGAUCGGCCCUAAAGCCUUGACACGUGAAAUCAUCACAAUGCAAAACGCGACCCGAGACGUCAUCCAGGCUCUCCAGCACUCGGGCGCCGAAGAGAGCUAUAUCCAGGCUUUCAAUGAGCAACAGAACUCCAUCAUCGACAUUGCUCGGAAGGCGGAAAAGGCGGCUCAGGAGGUCGACCAGAUGACUCUUGCCUCUAAGAACAUGCUGAAAUACGCCAACCUGGUGGGCCCUGAGCUUUCAAUCGCUAGCGAUAAAUACGACUUCCUUUCGCAGGACUAUCGCGAUAACAUGAAGAGGAUGGUAGGUAUUGAGCGCAAGCAGGACGAGGUUCUCCAUCUCAAGAAUAAGGUGGUGACUUUGGAGGCUCGUAUGGUGGAGGCAGACAACAAGAAUGCGAACUUGGAGCGUCACUUUGCGGAGGCGUGCCAGGUGAUCGAGUUGUUGAAGAAAGAUGUGGAGGACAUGAAAGCCAAGAAGUCUGCCUUAGAAGUCUAG